CGUUUGUCAAAAACGACAUUUCAUCACCGCAGCUUCGCGCAUCGACGAAAUCCAUCAGUCUGUCACGUCGAUCUGAACUGAAAUUGCUGCAGGUCACUCACGAUGUCUUCUCACGAUGUGCGCGAUAUGCUGGACCUCCCAGGCGAUGCUCCACGACCCGCGAAGAAACAGAAGAUCGCCGCUCCACGACCGGUUCUGAAGGGCCUUGCGCGUGAAGUACAGAAUCUCAGUGGGGAUAAUCCCAUCGCCAUUGUUCCAGAGGUCACCGUAUUCAAGAAGAGGCGGUUUGCAACUCGGAAACCGGCUGCGAAGUGGGAACUCAAGCCAUUCAAGAACUCGGCCAGGAACGAAGACUCUUUGAUUCUGCGACAUUGGAGGAGGAAGACGGAAGCACCCCCAGCCCCUGUAGCAGAGGAUGGAAAUGGAGAGCCAUCAGCGCCCCAACCUGCCUCGGAAAUCGAGGAUUCGACAUUUGCGAAGUUUAAUGUUAAGGUACAGACGCCAAAGUACGACGACGAGCAAUACAAUACGAAACUCCAGAGCGAGGACUGGUCGAGGGAGGAGACGGAUUAUCUGAUGGACUUAGUGCAGGAGUAUGAUUUACGAUGGCCGGUAAUCUGGGACCGUUACGAGUAUGAACCUCCAACGCCACAAAUGGAUGUCGAUGUUGCAGUAGGUGCUAUCAUACCUGCCCAGAAGGUCAGGACUAUGGAAGAUAUGAAGGCCCGGUAUUACUCCAUUGCUGCGACAAUGAUGAAGCUCAAUAAGCCACCUGAGCUCAUGAAUGCAGCCGAGUUUAGUUUGCUGGAGCUCAUGCACCAGUUCAAUCCGAAUCAAGAAGCGGCUCGCAAGAAGUUCGCAGAGGCUGCUUUCCAUCGGACCAAGGAAGAGGCAAGGGAGGAGGAGAGCUUGCUCUUAGAGCUCAAGCGAAUACUGGCACGGUCUGAGAAGCUGACUCAAGAGCGACGAGAGUUGUAUUCCCGUCUCGAAGCCCCUCACAGUCAAGGAAACAUUGGCGUCUAUACCUCCAGUCAGGGUCUCCAACAGCUCCUCCAACAGCUCAUGACGGCCGACAAAACUAAGAAGAGGAGAUCAUUGAUGGGUGCCGAUGGCAUGAGUCCCGCUGGCCCAAGCAAUCUACAUCAACAAGGCAGUUUUGACCGUCGAGACAGUACUAAUCGGGAAUCCAUGUCCGGACCAAGCGGCAACAAUAACAAGAAAGGCCCUUCCCAAGGAAUCAGCGAGCGCCGUCAACUCACCGCUGACGAAGAGAAGAUGUAUGGUGUUAAACAUCUUGAUCGUAUCACAAGCAGCGGACCUGCUUUCCGGCACGAGAAAAUCAGCAAGCCAAUCACCAGCAAAUCUUCGAUUCAGCAACAGAAGAUUGGAAAUGUCCUCACUGAACUUAGGAUUUCUCAGAGAUUGCGGAUGCCGACUGAAGAGGUCGGGAAGCAGUUCGAGAUUUUAUUGCAGAAUAUCAAUGGUUUACUUGAUCAGAGGAAGCUGGCUGACAAGCUGGCUGGGGAGAUCAAUGUUGCAAAAGCUGUGAAGGCGGAGCGGGAGAAGAAGGGACGGGCUGAGAGAGGAGAGCCGGAACCUGGUGAUGAGGAUGGUGAGGGUGGUGCUGGAGCCGGAGAUGGGCAAAUUAAGAUGGAGGAUGGAGGGAGAGAGAAGAGUGCCGCACCAAGUAUCAGAGCUGGCAGUGUGCAUAAGAGAAGUGCCAGUGUUAUGAGUGGUGUGAGUGACAAGAGCACCAAGCGGCAGAAGAAAUAGGGACUCUUUGUAGUGUUAGUUGUGCUGGUAUGACCACACAUAGUAUUAUUGACCUCUCGGUCAACGCCAUCGCUGUUUCUUCUGCUUUGCCG